AUGACUUCUGCAAGCUACGAAACAUCUACCUUUGCUAGUCCUUCGUCUGCACAUGACCUACGGCGCUCUCUAGGUGGCAGUUUCUCAUCUGCGUACGACUCACCUUAUUCUACUGCACGUCGAAGGUCCCCGUCUCCUGGCCCAUCUUCAAGGAGAUACGCCCCAUACGAUAGUUAUGCCCCCCGUGGGGGACCUAGUUAUCGUAGUGAUGAUCAUCCGAAUAUCUACAGGCCCGGUGCAUGGAGACCAGAACGCUAUAACAGCUGCAGUCCAUCCCCAGAUCGUUAUGACCGGUCUCGUCCGACAGAACCGCGCUUCUGGGAUUCCGGUCCCCGCUGGCAGUCGUCUUGGCAAGAUCGAAGAUCAUCUCCGAGUCCACCACCAAUACGGGAGAAACCUCGCAGAGAUACCAUGGCAGAACGAAUGUUUGAGCCAUCAGACUCCUGGAAGCAAUCACACGUCGAUCGAUCCGGCCGAUACGAAGCGUUGGAACCCCCAAGUCCAAGGUUUGCAGAUUACCGUGCCCGUCCUGCACGUGAUUAUUCCCCCCAGAAGUCACCAUCGUAUCCUCCUGUUCAUGGUGAUACAUAUCGUCCUUACUCUGCUGGUGGUGGUGGUGGUGGUAGUCGAGAACCACACGUAUUCGUUCGGUCAGAUUCGUACAGGCCACAAUAUGACGAUAUUACUCGGCGGUCGCCAGAUAUUUACCAUCCGCGUCGACCAUCUAGUCAUUAUGAUCACGAUGACACAAGGUCUUCAACCUCAAUAGCUAGCACACCGCCUCGCCAUGCCGUUAACUCUCCUCCCCCAGACCCUCGUCUCACCGACCACGACUCCCGCAGACGCUCGCCAUUGGGUAGACGUGCAUCACCCGCCCACUCCGUAGCACGAUCUAGAGCUUCCUCAAUAUCCUCAGAACCACCGCUUAAAAGAUUAAAGUCAAGAUCUUCAUCCCGAUCAUCUGCUUCGUCUCGAGCUGAUAAAUCUGCCGUCUCCGUGCGUAAUCAUAAGGACAUCGUGUCACCGAGAUCAAAUCGAGAGAACACAAUUCCCCAAGUAUUGACGGAUGUGUUGUCGCGAGAUCCUGAUCGACUUGGUUCUACAUCGAAUUCUUACGCUGCACCAAACUUGUUUUCUGGAAAAGGUUCCACGCACCCUGAGCCUCUACUCCACGAGUUGCUGCACGUGGAUGCCAAAUCGGUCCAUCCUGUGAUGAAUGGUGAGCUCAAUGGUCCGCUGAACUUCCCGCGUUCCCCUCCAAGUCUAUUGUCGGGAGAAGAUAUUGAGAUGUCUCCUCCUGGACUUAUAUCAUCUCAUGCUCUUCCUAGUGACGUAGAAUUCGCCUUCUUGGGAGAUUCAGCUCGAACAGGGACUGAAACGCAAACCUCCCCUCUUCUCGAUGAAGUGCAUACCCAGCCCAUCAAUCCGGCUGUGCCCAUUCCUGCUUUGAAAUCUUUGGGGGUGGUCGUUGAUGAUUCACCAACGUCCGUGACCGUGGCUACUUCACCGGCAUCAAGAACGCAGGAGAAAGAUAUUGAUGUCGACUCUCCGCGAACAUUAAUAGGAGAUACUCCCUUGCUGAAGUCCGCUCCGCAAGUCGUUGUCACCGAAACGAUCAGCAGUCCAUCACAUGUCGAGGCAGGAGAGCAGCUUUUGACUCCUGCACUUGACGUAGAACAGCCCGCCACGUGGUUUUAUGGUCGUUCAUCUUUUGCAGAGUCGACCACAAAAGCCCUCCGUUUUGUAGUCCUAACGAGGCUUCAAUGUGAUCGUCAGACACGCGAUGAGCGUGUCGUUCCUGUUCUUAGGGCCAAUCGGGCGAUUCGCGAGCCUUCUCUCCCUUCACCAACUGACACGCAAGACAAGCUGUUUCAGGAAUUUGCAACUGAUCAGCGUCGUCAGGGCAGUCUGGCUUCACAUUCUCAGUCCAUCAGAACGUCCUUAUCAGCACACUUCCUGGAGCGAGAAACUGCCCUUCAGGAAAAACAACAGAAGCUGAGAGAAGAAUAUCUUGAGCUACAUCAGCAAUGGAUAGCACAAUGUGCCCGGCUCGACAACGUGUCGAAAGGCGGUCUACUUGAGGAAUCUAUGCUACCUUCUGCGGGCGGCAGGUCAACCAGACGAUCAGCUGCUGUUUUGGGCGAUGCUGUUCGCUCUGAUCUUGAGAUGGAGCAGAUCAUUGCGAAUCUUGGGAUGGAGGAGCUGACGGAUCCAAGUUACUUGGCGAUCAAGAACGUCGCAAAGAUACCGGAUAUGGUUUCUGUCACCGAUGGCUGUGGGCCAUACUAUUAUGACGAUACGAACAAUAUCGUGGACGAACCUGCGGAAUUCUACAGCUCAUCUUCGGCUCUUGACCUGUGGACGGAAGAGGAGCGCCUUGUCUUCAAGGAGAAAUAUGCGGCCCAUCCGAAACAAUUCGGGCUUAUUUCCCAACAUCUGCCCAAUAAGACUGCCGCUCAGUGCGUCACGUAUUAUUACCUGCACAAGCCGCACAUCGACUUCCGCAAGGCUAUUGCACAGUACGGUGCAGGUCGACGGCGGAGGAAUGGCAGGGGAGCGAACAAGCAGAAAGGCAACGCGCUGCUUGCGGAUAUCCGCCGUCAUGACGAUGAGGUACUAGCCGCCCACCCCACCUCUUUGGCUGUCCCCAGCAAGCGCAGAAGGGCAGCUAUACUGCGCACCAAUGGUGAAUCCAGGAGAAAUCACUCCCGCAGAGGCACUGUCCAGCCUGACCAAACCCCGACGUCUUCUGGGACAACGCCAGAUCCUGAAGUGGAUGAGCAGAAGCGCCGGCGGCGCUCUACGGUUGCGCGUUCGUCGGGUCUUGCUCAAGAAGAAGUUGAACCUACUGAACCAGACGCUGAGGCUCUCCCAAAGCCAAGCAGGAGACCCCGGAAGCCAAGAGCACGCGCAGCCCCCACUCCGUCAGAGGAAGCCACCCCCGCUCCAGAACUUCCCGAUGAUCGCAAGUCGUCUUCAGUGCCGAUACCGUGGUCCAAAGAGGACAAAAGUUAG